CACACCUGCUCUCCCCCUUCAUUAAAAACUGCCCAUUUAUUUAUCAAUUCCGGCGACCCUCCUCCCACCGGCGACGACUAGGACGAGGCACCGCCGGCAAUCAUGUGCGGCGGCGCGAUCCUCAAGGACCUCAAGGUCCCCGCGCCGACGCGGAAGGUGACGGCGGCGGUGCUGUGGCCCGAGAAGAACAAGCCCAAGCGGGCCGACGGCGUGGCCCGGCGCCUCGCGGGGCUCGGCCGGCGCGGGGGGCUCGGGCUGGACGACGGCGACGUGGACUUCGAGGCCGACUUCGAGGAGUUCGAGGCCGACUCCGGGGACUCCGACGUGGAGCUCGGGCGCGCCGGGGUUGCUGGGAAGGACGGCCACGACGUGGUCGUCGAGAUCAAGCCCUUAUUCGCCGUCAAGAGGUCCCUUUCCCAAGAUGACUUAAGCACCAUGACUACUGCUGGUUUUGAUGGUCCUGCACAAAGGUCAGCAAAAAGGAAGAGAAAGAACGAGUUCAGGGGUAUCCGCCAGCGCCCCUGGGGUAAGUGGGCUGCUGAAAUCAGAGAUCCUAGCAAGGGUGUCCGUGUCUGGCUUGGUACUUUCAACAGUGCUGAAGAAGCUGCAAGAGCUUAUGAUGUUGAAGCACGAAGGAUCCGUGGCAAGAAGGCCAAGGUUAACUUUCCAGAGGAACUAACAGUUCAUCAGAAGCGCCGUGCUUGCCCUGCUGCUCCUAAAGUUCCCAAGUCAAGCGCAGCACAGGAACCUACCGUCAUACCAGCAGUCAACAACCUUGCCAACCCAAAUGCUUUCGUCUACCCGUCUGCUGACUUUGCAUCAAAGCAGCCACUUGUUCAGCCUGACAACGUGCCAUAUGUUCCCGCAAUUAACUCUGCUGCCCCUGUUGAAGCUCCUGUUAUGAAUAUGUACUCUGACCAGGGAAGCAACUCCUUUGGCUGCUCUGACUUGGGCUGGGAGUAUGACACCAAGACUCCAGAUAUAUCAUCCAUUGCUCCCAUUUCCACCAUUGCUGAAGGAACAGAGUCUGCACUUCUCCAGAGUAACACCUACAACCCAGCAGUGAUUGCCGAAGGAGCUGAAUCUGCGCUUGUCCAGAGCAACACCUACAACUCAGUGGUGCCUCCUGUUAUGGAGAACAAUGCUGUCGAUUUUGAGCCUUGGAUGAGGUUUCUUGUUGAUGAUGGCGUGGAUGAGCCGAUAGAUAGCCUUCUGAAUUUUGAUGUGCCUCAGGAUGUCGUUGGCAACAUGGACCUUUGGAGCUUCGAUGACAUGCCCAUCUGUGGCGAAAUUUUCUGAGGGAUUCAAACCCCUGUAUAUCAGGACAAAGGGAAUAAGACUAUGGGAGAUUGGGAAGCACCCUGUUGUCACCUUUGGUUAGUAUAUGCCUAUGUGCAAGCUUAGAUGCAAAAAAGUCGCAUCUUGAGUUGUAGUCGACCCUUUCCCUAGUUGACUGUCAAUGAACCAUUGUCAUUUAUGAGUCUGAUGAACCGUUGUCUUUAACUUUUGUCAACUUUUAUGUCGUCGCUACCAUUUCUGAAUGUGAACAGCAUGGAUUUGUGUCCAGUUUGCUUUAA